AUGUCCUAUGUAGCCCCAUAUAUCGAAAGUGACCAACUUGUAACACUUUUACGCGACAAGACUAAAGUCCCAGGCAAAGACUAUGUCAUUAUUGACGUACGCGAUAAGGACUUUUAUGGUGGCAACAUUCCUGGUGCUAUCAAUGUCCCCGCAAACCAAAUGCUCGAUCGCGUCAAUGAGCUGAUUGAAAAAUACAAGGCAGUACCCCAAGUCUACUUUCACUGUGCACUUUCACAACAACGUGGACCCAAGGCAGCACGCAUCUAUAAUGAAGUACGUCAUCUGACAGGCGAAAAGGAUGUACAAAAGGUGAUGGUAUUACGAGGAGGAUUCGAAGGAUGGCAUGCACGGUAUCACAAGGAAAAGGAUUUGAUUGAAAACCAUGUUCCAAGCGUAUGGGGAAUCUUUGAAGACGAGGACGACGAGGAGGAUAAUCCUUAUCUAGCUGGCAUCCCAAAGGAUAGUACUCAACAUUGA